AUGAAGGGACUUUGUUCUCAUCGACAGGUUUUGAGUGAGGUUUAUCUGCCAAAGAAUGAUAGUUGGUACUUUGUUCAUGAUGGAAUGGUUUCUGGCUGGAGAAACCCUAGUGCUACCCUUAAUGGAAAUCUUUAUGCUUUAGACUGCAAGGAUGGCUGCAAACUUAGGGUUUAUGAAGAGGCUACAAAUUCAUGGAGCAAGCAUAUUGACAAUAGAAUGCAUUUAGGGAGUUCUGAUCAUAUUACAAAUUUGCCUGAUCGUGUACUUCAUUUGGCUUGGUCAAAAAAUUACCUUCCUUCUCAUAUAAACUUGAAUUUUGGUAUGCUACCAAAAGGUCAUAUUCCACCAUUUGGACCUAGCACUGGAUCUUCAUAUUCUCCACCUUCCCCUCCUCGCAGAAACAUGAAUUUUGGUAUUUUACCAAAAGGUCAUGUUCCACCAUCUAAACCUAGCACUAGAUCAUCAGAUUCUCCACCACCACCUCCUCACACAAACUUGCAUUUUGGUAUGCUACCAAAAAGUCAUGUUCCACCAUCUGAACCAACUACCAAAAGGCUAUUUUCACCAUCUAGACCUAGCAAGGGAUCGUCAUAUUCUUCACCUCCACCUCCUCACACAAACUUGAACUUUGGUGUUUUACCAAAAGGUCAUGUUCCACCAUCUAAACCUAGCACUGGAUCCUCAGAUUCUCCACCACUACCUCAUCACACAAACUUGCAUUUUAGUAUGCUACCAAAAGGCUAUGCUCCACCAUCUGGACCUAGUACUAGAUUAUCAGAUUCUCCACCUCCUCACAGAAACAUUAAUUUUGGUAAACUACCAAAAGACUAUGUUCCACCAUCUAGACCUAGCAAUGGAUCAAAAUAUUAUUCACCUCCACCUCCUCACACAAACUUGAAUUUUUGUGUUUUACUAAAAGGUUAUGUUCCACCGUCUAAAUCUAGCAUUGGAUUCUCAGAUUCUCCAACACCACCUCCUCACACAAGUCUGCAUUUUGGUAUGUUACCUAAAGGCCAUGUUCCACCAUCUGGACCUAGCACUAAAUUAUCAGAUUCUCCACCUCUUCACAAAAACAUAAUUUUGGUUAGGGAUGAGAAUAUGCUAUCACUUAGUAGUCGUUUCAAUUAG